AUGAGGAUAAUAUGCACACCGAAUAUAUAUGCAAGUGCUACUUUGAAGAGUAGAAUUUUCCCCAGAUCGUUUGGAAUACAAGUUAAGAAAUGCGAGGGAUAUAUCCUGCAAUUUGACAAAUACAGCUGUUAUUUUACAGUGAGGCGUAGUUUCAUAAGAAUUGAUAAAAAGUUUUAUAACACGAAUAAUUCGGAAAAAAAUUUAAAUGAACUUUUAAACAAUGUUCAGAAAAUUCUGAACGACAAUAAUUUUUUUGUGUAUAUUAAAAAUAAAGAAAGAUAUGAUGAAAAAGAUAUAUCUUUUAAAAAAGCAAAAAAGGAAGAAGUAGAUAUGUUUAAAUUGUUAAACUUAUUAAAUAAAAUAUUAGUUUUAAUAAAUGAAAAGGAUAAUUUCAAAAUAACGAUAUGGAAAAGUCCCAUAUUUCUUGACUUCUUAUCACUUAUUAAGUUAAAAAUGUCUUUUUUUAAUUUUCAUGAAAUGUUUUUAUUUGCAUUAUGCUUUUCGAAAAUACAGUUUAUACCACAAAUGUUGUUGGAAGAAAUGAUAUUAACUAUUAAAGAAGAAAGAUACUUACAUAAUUUUUUCAAAGAUGAUAUGAAUAAAUUUUUUCAAUUUUUAUUAAUUUUAUCAAAUAUGAAAAAUAUAAAAAAUGCAUCCGUAAAUUUAAACUUUAUCACCUUUAUAAAUAAUUACAUUCAAGUAAUAUUAAAUAACAUUAAAAAGGAAGAAGCUAAAAAUGAGGGGGAAUUAGGACACUAUCAAAAUAAUAAUAAUAAUGUUCUUGGACAGAAUGAAGGAGCAUAUAGUAGGGAAAAGAAGUGUAUAAGUCUGGAUUGUUAUAUGCUGCUGUGCACAUCCUUGUGUAAUUUGAACGUACGAAAUGUAGUGCUAUUACACGAAGUAAGCAAUGAAAUUGUAGGUAUAUUGGAUGGUAAAAAUUUUGAUAACAUUUUAGAUAAAAAAUUCGAAGUUGAUAUAGCAAAGAAACUAGUGAAUAUAUAUCUAUCGUAUGCCACAUUAGGUUGUACUAACUAUUAUUUUUAUGAUCAGUUAAACGCGUACUUGUAUAAUGUAAUUGAAUUGCUGCCAAUGUCUAGCUCAUUGACUCUACUAUUAUCCAUCGCUACGUUAAAAGAACAAGCAGAUUUUAAUUUUCCAUUGUGCAUUUUGUCCAUAUUAGAAAAAAAAUUUUUAAAUAAAUUUUAUUCUCUUGAUGGUAAAGAUUUAUUGUUAUUAAUUUAUUUAUAUACCUACUUAAAAUUGUAUAUUUCCAAUUAUCAUUCGUACGUGUGUAUGUUUGAUUACCUAUUUAAUAUUGAACAUUUUAGUGCAACAAAUGAAGAGGACAAAGUAAAACUGUUCCAAAUUUAUGUUUCACUAACUCAUGAUUAUGAGAGAACUCAAGGGGUAGGCAUGUUAGCGCAUGGAAAUUUAGACUGUCAGAUGAGGGAAACGGAUCAGAUGAGAAAGACAAAUCAAACGAAGGAUGAGAAAACAAAUUUGUCAACUGAACAAAAUGAUAACGAUGACAAUAUGAACAAGCAAUGCGACAGAGAUGCAUUAUACAGUGUAUAUAAAAUAAACAAAAUAGUUGUUGAAAAAUUAGAACAAAAAGGAAUCUUGCAGAAAAUUCAAGAAAAUAUGGAACUAGGUAGUGAGCAAGACGCAACGGAUCUAAAAGAAGAAAUACAAGAUCAAAUAGACAAAUUACAAGUCUUACUAAACACCGAUUUUAACGAUACAAUAUUUAAAGUAAAAAAUAUAAGGAAAAAUAAAACUGUGCAUAAUUAUUACUUAAGUCAUAUUUAUUUAGACAUAGAAAAGGAAAGGGAUAGUAUUAAAAAAGAUUCUCAAAAAGUUAUUAUUAAUUUUUAUAUAAAUAAGCUAGGUAAUGAUGUAAACAACCAAAUAGAUAUUUACACAAAUAUGAAAAGACAACACAUAAAAUGUUUAAACAUCAAAUAUAUUUUGGUUGACUUACAACAGUGGAAAAAUUUUACGCAUGAAGAGAAAAAAAAAUUCUUGAUUUAUGAGAUUAUGGGUGUCUGA